ACAGGAAGGUUCAGUAUGUGCUUUGAUGCCUGCUGCGUGCCCAUCUCCGAGAUCAUCACCGUAGAGGAAACAGACACUCACGGGAAGCGCUACAGCAGCGGAAAAUGGCAGAAGAUGGAAAAGCCCUUUGCGUUCACAGUGCACUGCGUGAAGAGAGCCCGCCGCUGCCGCUGGAAGUGGGCGCAGGUCACUUUCUGCUGUGCCGAGGAGCCGCUGUGUCACCUGUGGCUGCGCGUCCUGCAGGAGCUGCUGGGGGCGCUCACAUCGAGACCAAAGCAUUUGCUGGUGUUCAUUAAUCCGUUCGGAGGGAAGGGACAAGGCAAGCGGAUCUACGAGCGGAAGGUGGCGCCGUUGUUCAGCUUAGCCUCCGUCACCACCGAAGUAAUUGUUACUGAACAUGCGAACCAGGCCAAGGAGACUCUAUAUGAGAUCAACACGGACAGAUACGACGGAAUCGUCUGUGUCGGUGGAGAUGGCAUGUUCAGCGAGGUCUUGCACGGCCUGAUCGGCAGGACGCAGCGGGACGCCGGCGUGGACCAGAACCAGCCCAGGGCAGCGCUGGUGCCCAGCCCACUCAGAAUCGGCAUCAUCCCCGCCGGGUCGACAGACUGUGUGUGUUUUUCGACGGUGGGCACCAACGAUGUGGAAACGUCCGCCCUGCACAUCAUCGUGGGGGACUCGCUGUCCAUGGACGUGUCGUCCGUGCAUCACCACGGCGCGCUGCUGCGGUACUCCGUGUCCCUCCUGGGCUACGGCUUCUACGGAGACAUCAUCAAGGACAGCGAGAAGAAGCGCUGGAUGGGCCUCGCCAGAUAUGACUUCUCAGGUUUGAAGACCUUCCUGUCACAUCACUGCUACGAAGGGACGGUAUCUUUUCUGCCGGCGCGACACACGGUGGGGUCUCCGCGGGACAGGAAGCCCUGCCGGGCGGGGUGCUUCGUGUGCCGGCAAAGCAGGCAGCAGCUGGAGGAGGAGCAGAAGAAGUCGUUGUACGGUUUGGAGAACACGGAGGAGGUGGAGGAGUGGAAGGUGGUCUGCGGGAAGUUCCUGGCCAUCAACGCCACAAACAUGUCCUGCGCUUGUCCCCGGACCCCCCGGGGCCUCUCCCCGGCCGCGCACUUGGGGGACGGCUCUUCUGACCUCAUCCUUAUCCGGAAAUGCUCCCGGUUCAACUUCCUGCGGUUUCUGGUCAGGCACACCAACCAGUGCGACCAGUUUGACUUCGCUUUUGUUGAAGUUUAUCGUGUGAAGAAAUUCCAGUUUCUGUCGGAGCACACGGAGGACGAGGACCGCGACCUCAAGGAGAGAGGGAGGGCGCGCUUCGGGCCCGUGUGCAGCGACUCCCCGCCCUGCUGCUGCCCCCUGUCCAACAGCUCCUGGAACUGCGACGGGGAGGUCCUGAGCAGUUCCAGCAUCGAGGUCAGGGUCCACUGCCAGCUGGUUCGCCUCUUCGCGCGGGGGAUCGAGGAGGACACGAAGGAGCCGGACCACUGAGCCGCCCUCACGCCCCGCCCGCCUCGCCGUGCUCAGGAAGCGCGAAGUCAUUUAAGAAAAUUCCUGCAGACCAAUUACGUUGAUAUAUACAUUUAAAUUUAGAAAUUUAUUUUUGAUAGUUAGAUCUUGAUUUUAGACAAACUACUUGGUCAGCAAAUCCGUGAACGUUCCCGGCCUUUUCAGCUCUCUGUGAGCCUGUGGACCACAUUUCACAGAACUGGCCUCUGCCAAUGGCCCCUGUCAGUUUGGGGCUCUGACUUCUUAGAUUUUAGGCCGAUGGCGGUUUCCAGGGGCCCACCUGUGGCUCUGUCACAGUCGUUUUAGGGACGGUGGAUGUGAGGUCCAAGCAUCUGGACGGGAGGUGUCGAGCAGCUCACCGACCCUCUCCACCGGACGGACUCGCAUGUGCGCGCUCAGGUUUUGGAACACUGGGUCGCCUUCCUGUUAUCUUCAUCUGAACCUGGGCUCGGGACGCGCUUACUGGGCCGGGUGUGUCCCGCGCGGCUCCGGUGACCUCGGAGCAGGACCGUCUUAGGAAGAAGGACACUGACAGAGAGACCCUGUAUCUGCAAAGUCCCGGCCCUUGCCUCGGUCACGCUGGUGCCUCUGGGGCAGUCGGCCGGCGGUGAGAAGGGUCGCAAGCUCUGACAUGGCGUCCGUUUUAAACGGAGAGGACCCACGCUUCACAGCAACCCAGUGGGUAACGGGAGGGCUUCGUGGGGUGGUGGGAGGAGGCGGGCGCGCAAGGGCUACGAUCCGCUGUGUGGACUGUGUUCACCUCGGGCCGAGCGGCCUCGCCCUGUUGAGGGUGGGUCCCUGGGUCCCAGGGUCCCACGUUCCUGUGGCUCCUUGGCCGCAGGCCCCAGGUCUCCGCACAUGCUCCAGACUUGGGCUUUUCUUCACGCUUCAUUCCAUGUGUUUAUGCAAACGUCCUUGUCAGCGGGAAGUGGUGUCCCCAUAGUUAGCGCAAUGUUUGCGGAUGCACCAGAGCCCCAGCGGCGGGGGUUCCCUGGAGGUAUGACCCUGGUCCCCGGGGUCCCUCGUCGGCACUCUGGCCUUGUUUCCUUUGUAUUCACAUUAGGUAUGUGGAAGACGCCUCGAAAAUAGCUUUAUUUGAAAUAGAAGCUGCGGCUUGGACUCUGGUUUGCAGAGACGGAGCCGGCCUGACUGUCCCGGGCGGCGCUUGGCCGUUUGGAGGAGUAGCUGGUCCUGUUCGCCCCACAGACAUCCGAUACUGGUCGCAUCUCAUUUUGGUGUUCGUGUCUGGAGCACACGUGCGAUCUCCUACUCCAUCUCAGUCCCGUCCAGGUCACACCAAAGCGAGCUUUCCCUGUGGCCUUUCCAGUAGACCACGUCACUGCGUCAUCGUACAAAGGCAAUGGUUUAGCAGGUCCUGGGCGGGCGCCGUCUGGGUGUGGAAAGUCAGUCCCCGCGGGCUCUUUCUGAUCCCCAGUGCUCGCUGCUGGUGGGAAGGACAGGCAGGCAGCUCUGUGCGGGGGCAGCGGCCCGGGGGAGGGCGCAGAACCACGCUGUGGGAUGGGUUCCUUCACAAGCUUUCCCCAAACAGUUCUGGCCUGUCCUACAAUCCACUGCCCAUUUUAGGAAACUGGUCCGGGCCACGGUGAGCAUUCUCUGUUCACUGAGAGCCGGCCCUGUCCCCGGCUUCCUGCACGGCUGGCCGCGUGCCCAAGUCCAGAACUGCAGGCCUUGGGGCCGUUCUCGGGGCCCAAGUGAUGGUCGGGACGCCCCGGGAGUUCCCGAUGAUGUGCACGCAGUCCGGAAGGACUGUUCAGACAUUCCCCCAGGGGCGAGAGGCUCAGAUCUCCGGGAAGUCCCCACAACCACUGGACUCCAGGGUAGUGAAGAAAAACCUGGACCAGUGGUGGGUCAGUGAAAACUUAGGGCCAUCUAGAAGGGUUAGUCUGUGUUUUAACUUCCUUGGUGACUCAUCAGUGCGAAAACACCAGGAGCCAUCAUGCUCUGACGCUUUCCUGCUUCUCCGCACCAGGUGGGCACCUGGUGGGCGGUCCCUGCGGCUCGGGGGCGGGGGCAGGGGCGACUGCUCUGGUACAAUCCUGGGUAACGGGCAAGUAUGGCCUGAGAGGGUGGCUUCACUUUCUUGUAAUCUUGCUGGUUUCAAGAUUGGAAAAUGGCGUAUUUGCUCUGAUAUGUUUGAGAAGACAAAAAUAAAGUUACUUUGGGCAGA